AUAAUUCAUGAUUAUACAAAUACGAAUAAUCUCAUAAUGCAACAAUCAUUGAAAGCCAAGUUGGGGCUCUUAUGUUUUUUGAACUUACAAUAACAUUGAGUUGAGUCUCAUUUUGCCCCACGUUUAAACCAAGUUCGAGCGCAUACCUUCAAAUUGGACACACAAACACAGUCACUCACCGCUAUUCUUGGUAUUGGUGGGCGCCUAAAGAAGAGAGCACGGGCGCUCGGCAAUAAAACGACUUCACAAAGUCUCAAUUUUAUCAGUCUGACUCCAGCCAAGCCAGAAGGAGGAAGUUCUCACUCUGCUGGCCUAGUUUUUUUCUGGUUAUAACCACAAGAAAUUCUUGUCAAGAAUGAUUAAAAAUUCUGAAAAAAUGACGAAAACUUGCUGUUUCGCCUGCAUUUCGGUGGGACGUCGAACGCUCAUCAUUGGAAUUCUCAACAUCAUCUGCGCCAUCCUCUCCGUGGUCCUGAAUUCUAUGGAGAUCUCCCAUUGGACGAAGAUCAAGUACCCCGAUCCAAUUAAGGAACCUAACUUUCGUCAAACUAUCAAUAGCUACAUCACGUUCAGUUGUAUCCAGAUCUUCAUCGCGGUCGUGUACUUGAUCUUGUCAUGCCUCAUAGUGGAUGGAUAUCGCAUGCGAAAACACCGCUUCAUCACGCCAUGGUUGGUCUGGAACUAUGUGGCCCUUUGCCUCGUUGCUGCCGCGACUGCUUAUCUGUUUUUACUGCUCGCCGCCGGUGGAGAAGUCGGUGCGGGAUUCAUUGUUCUCGCUGUUAGCAGCCUUAUCCUGUCAGUGCAGUCCUACUUUGUUUAUGUGGUGAAAACCUUCGUCGACGGGUUAAAGGGAAGCUCGAUUUGUUAAAUUUUGGACGUACUACUGGAUCAAAUGGUUGAAAAGGAUGGACUUGAUUACUGGAUGAAAUGCUACAAAUUUUGUUUUUUCUUACUAUAUACUAUUAUACUCACACUUGCUAGUUUGUGGAUCGGCGCACCACUGGUUCUCAAAAAAUGCGCACCGAACCACACCGCGAACCACACCCGGUGUGGUUCGCGGUGUGGUGCGCUGGGUUUCAGACUUUUGCUGGUGUGGUUCGCGGUGUGGUGCGCUGGUUCGGAGCUGUGGUUCGCGGUGUGGUGCGCUGGCUGGGAGGUGCGGUUUGCUAUUGUUAAUCGCAAAUGAACCUUUUAACCUUUACUAAAAAUUUGGCUCAAGAAUGAUUCAGUGGACGUGUAAAACUUUUUUUUACUUGCAGUCCAAAAUUGUCUAAUGAGACCAUUUGCCAAUUUGCUACAGCUUCUGAAUUCAUGCCGUUUUAUUAAAUAUAUUUUCAGAUAUAAUGUCCUUUCAAUUUUGAGAAAUGUAAUUAGCAAUACCACGAAAUUUGAAGAUAGCCUUUUACUAAAUUUGUGGUGUUACAUACGAACACAUGUAAACAAAUAUAUCUGAUGAGAAAUGAAUCAUAAAUUCUCUAAAUCGUGCCGAGUCAUACUGUGUAUACAUAAUAUGCUCAAACUGAAAAGGAAUAA